AUGUGGUUCGGGAUAGUCACUCUUUUGGCGGGCAUCUUGCUCGAUCACGCAUUCGCUAAAGAUGUUUACUUUGAUUGGCAUAUCACUUGGGUGAAUGUCGCCCCUGACGGAUACGAAAGAGCGGUAAUUGGAAUCAAUGGAGAAUGGCCCUGUCCACAGAUCGACUUAGAUCUAGGGGACAGACUCAUUGUUGACGUUACCAAUGAUCUCGGAAACCAAACGACUGGCAUCCAUUGGCAUGGAUUGCACCAAUAUAUGACUGGCUAUAUGGACGGAGCUCCUGGAGUGACGCAAUGCCCUAUUCCUCCAGGCAAAAAGAUGCGCUAUGAAGUCAAUGUGAAUCAAACUGGCACAUACUGGUACCAUUCCCACAAGAUGGGUCAAUAUCCAGAUGGCCUCCGUGGACCGCUCGUCGUUAAGGAACCUAACCCCGGCUUCGAAUAUGACGAUGAGUUCACCAUCACGCUCUCAGAUUGGUAUCAUCAGCAGAUGACUCCAUUGUUGGACGAAUACUAUGCCGACAAUAGCCCUGCCACCGGAGGCUUAGAGCCGCUCCCUGAUAACCAGCUGAUCAACGAUGCUGUGAAUACGACCUUUCCGGUGCAGCCGGGUAAGACUUACCUCGUUCAUCUUAUCGCUCUUGGAAACUGGCCCGGCUUUGCAGUGGUAUUCGAUCAGCAUGAGAUGACAGUCGUCGAAGUGGACGGUGUCUUUGUCGACCCAUUCCCUCUCGGUGACCGAAAUCUUCGGCUCGCAACCGGCCAACGCACUAGCGUUUUGAUUACAACGAAGAACGAUACGAGCCAGAACUAUGCUUUCUUGUCCAUCUUGGAUGUCAACAUGAUGUUCAUAUACGAGAACCGGACCGUCCCUGAUGGAUACAUCACCAACUCUACUGCGUGGUUGGUCUAUGACGAAACCAAACCACUGCCUAUUGCUCCAGUGAUUCCCGAAUUUGAUUUUGUUGAUGAUUUGGAGUUCGUGCCUGCUGAUCACGAGCCACUGCUUGAGCCCGUGGAUCACCAAAUCAUCAUGGACUUCAACUCUGCCUCCGUGGCUGGUGGUCUUGUACGAUUCGUGGUCAACAACCACACCUAUUAUGAGCAGGACACCCCCACCCUGUACACUGCCCUGAUGGAACAAUCAUAUGGGAAAGACAAUGUGUCCGCAUAUGGAGAGGUCAACCCAUACGUGGUCAACUAUGGCGAUGUGGUUGAGAUCGUGCUCAAUGACCACCACAACAAUAUCCACCCAUGGCAUCUUCACGGUCACCAAUUCCAGGUCCUUCAGCGGACAGUACCAUAUGGCGGCUAUUUCGAUGGGUACUUCGCCAAUGUCUCAGCCACACCAGUGAAACGCGACACGUUGAUGGUGCAGCAACAAGUUUGGCUGUUCCAUUGCCAUAUUGAAUGGCAUGUGGCCAAGGGCAUGGUCACCACCAUCAUCGAAGCCCCUGACCGCUUGCAGGAUCUUCAUAUCCCCUCGGACAACCAGCAGAUCUGUGGAAACUACCCCUUGUCUCAGAAGAAGUCCAAGUCCAAGCGGAAGUCUAUGUCCCCGGUCAAGUCCACAAAAUCCAAGAAGCCUUGA